AUGAAACGCGCUGCCAGCGCGAAAUCCGUGUCCGAGAUAAUUCGGAAGAGUGCCUUUGUUAAAGAUUCUGACAACGGUGUUGGGAAAGCCGGUUUAAUCGUAUGUUUAACGUUUUUAUAUAUUAAUUUUAAUUUUAGUUGGCAGAAAUGGCAGCGAUGGACGUGGACAUUAAGGAAAAGGUGGCGAUUCUCGAUUUUGGUGCUCAAUAUGGCAAGGUAAGGUUUUUUGUUUGUUUUUUUAAGUUUAGGUAGUCCAAGUGAUUGUGUUUUAUAAACACCAAUUUUCACGAAAGUCGUAAAUAUCUUAAUUUUGACAAAAUGACUGUGUAUAUUUUUCCACAUAGAUGUCUUUGAUUUGAUAAGGAGUUUUGUCUUUAGGUAAUUGACCGAAGAGUUAGAGAAUGCAAUGUAUACUCUGAACUACUGCCUUUGAGCACAUCAGCAGCUGAUUUAAAAGCCAGGGAUUAUAAGUGAGUUUUCUUUCAUGAAUAAUGUUGUUAUUGACGAUUUCGUAGCUUUUGACGAAAAAUUUAGGAUAAUUUUUGCUUUUUUUAAUAAUUGUUUUAUUGUUUUGUAAGUUUUGCGUUUUAAAAUGUUUUACCUUAUUAUUUCAGAGCAAUCAUCAUCUCCGGUGGACCUCAAUCAGUGUAUGCUGAGAACGCACCAAAGUACGAUCCUGAAAUCUUCAACUUGGGCAUCCCAAUCUUGGGUAUUUGUUAUGGCUUUCAAAUCAUCAACAAACACUUUGGAGGUCAUGUCGCUUCGUCAAAGAUUCGAUCUGACGCUGUUUUGGAUAUUAGAGUAGACAACAAGUGUCAAUUGUUCAUUGGCUUGGGUGAAAUACAAAGCGUGCUUCUUACUCACGGCGACAGCGUAAAGAAGGACGGCUCUGCGCCUGGGUUCAAAAUUAUCGCGGAGACAUUGUCGGAGAAUAAUGAUCAUGUUGUUGUAGCUGGAAUAGCAAACGAAGAGAAAAAGAUUUACGGUGUGCAAUUCCAUCCUGAAGUGGAUUUGACUAAAGAAGGCACUGCCAUGUUUAAUCAGUUUUUGCAUUCUAUCUCGGGUAUCAGCUCACAUUACACUAUUUCGAACAGGGAACAAAUGUGCAUUGAUCAUAUCAAAGAGGUGGUUGGGGAUAAGAACGUGUUGGUAUGUUACUUUACUUGAUUUUUGGUGGUUUUAAAAUAGGUUUUAUUAAAAAUUAAUAAUUUUUUUAAAUUCAGAUUUCUAUGUUUUGUGGAAUAUAUUACAAUAUUUUUUAAAAUUUUAUCUUGGGUAUAAAAUUUUUUGAUUUUUAAUUUGAAAAAGAUUAAUUAGCUUUUUAGGUAAUGGUAUCAGGAGGAGUCGAUUCAACGGUAUGUGCAGCGUUAUUACACAAGGCUCUGGGCCCACAUAGAGUGGUCGCUGUUCACAUUGACAACGGCUUUAUGAGGUACAAAGAGUCGGAAGCUGUUGUUUCAUCGUUGAAUCAGCUGGGGUUGGAUGUGAAAUGUAAGUCUGUGUUAUGGAAAUGGUUUUUUAUUAUGUAAAAAUUGAAACAUGAUUUUUGUAUCUUGCACUGUCUAAUGCUAAUUGACUUUAAGCUUUUGCAAUAUGUCGUUUUAGGCUUCUGGUGCAUAGACAAGUUCUUGGAAGGUAAAUUGACGAUUGGCAAGAUCGAAUCGCAGCAGUUACGUUAUGUCACAAAUCCAGAAGAUAAACGGAUGAUCAUUGGCGACACGUUCAUUAGGUGCAAAGACAGUAUUGUUGAAGAGGUAAGUCAUUGAAUUUUAAAAAGUUUUUUUUUGUGUUUUUUUCCACUUUAAAUUUUUAAAAUAGUUAUGGCUAUUUAAAAAAUUUUAUUUAAAAUUUCAGCUAAAACUCAACACGGACAUGUUCUUUGCUCAAGGCACCCUAAGACCGGAUCUUAUUGAAUCAGCGAGCGCGUUAGCGAGUGGAUGUGCCGAUACAAUCAAAACCCAUCACAACGACACGGCGUUGGUCCGAGAGCUCCGCGAUUUGGGCAAAGUAAUCGAACCCUUAAAGGACUUCCACAAAGAUGAAGUUCGAGAAUUGGGAAGAGCGCUGGGUCUACCUGAAACGAUCGUCAACCGACACCCAUUCCCAGGCCCAGGGCUCGCAAUUCGAAUCAUUUGUGCGGAAAAACCGUAUUUUAACGAGUUCUAUCAUACAACUCAGGAGACGGUUGAGAGGGAAGUGAAAGAAUGCUUGGGAAACGAGUUUUACGGUAGUGUUAUGCCGAUUAGGACGGUCGGUGUACAAGGUAAGGUUUCAUUUUGAAAUUGAAGGCUAAAAAUUGAAGUUUUUGAGUGUAGGUAUUGUUAAAAAUUGAGGAGAGGGAGGCGGAGAAACGUCAAAAAUUUAUUUUUUAAAACGAUUUUAAUUUUAACUCAAUUUUAAAUAAUGGAUUUUUCAAUUUUAACGUUUUUAGGUGACAAAAGAACCUAUUCGUACGCUGCUGUAAUCUCGACCUCCAAAAUCGAGGUUCCAUGGGGAUUGGUUGAUAAAUUUGCGAAGCGGCUACCCGGUACUGCCAAGGCUUUGAACAGGUAAUUGUUUUGUUCUUAGUGUUAUUUUGGUUUAAUUUUGUCAUUUUGUUUUGAUUCAAUUCUUUUUCAUUUGUUAUUUUAGCACUGUGUGUGUAAUAAGAAGGUAAAGGAGUUUUGUAGACAAAAAGUGGUUAAACUUACAUUAUAAGGCUUUCUUUAGGCAGAGAAAGUAACGUCAUAUUUUAAAGUAACCUCAUAUUUAGGUUUAGAACGUAAUCUAAUGAUGGAAUUUUGUUAUCUCAUGCUUCUUAUAUGCUUAUUUUUAAUUAAAAUUCAACGUUAUAUUGUGUUGUUUCUAGAGUAUGCUUUGCCUUUGGAAAGCCUAUAAUCAAGCCAGUUACAAAUAUCACUCCAACCAGGCUAUCGGAAGGUGUCAUUGAGAAGCUAAGGAAAGUCGACCAUAUUGUCACUCAAGUUUUAAAUGGCCUAAAGUCUGAUGGCGCAAAAGACCCGGAGCUACCAGUUUCAAUGCAUUUGAUUCAACAGGUAAGUAUGGUCUUAUUAUUAUUAACAUUUUAUUAAUAUUAUGCAUUUUUGGGAUUUAUUUUCGCGAAAAAUUCUUCUUUUAUGUUAGUAAUGUUUAUGAAAAUGGCGUUUCUUGAAGAAAAACCUAGUUGAAAGAUAAUAAGCUGUAUAAACGAAAAACCUUCAAAUUGCCAAUACUCUUUAAGUAGAAGCUUUAAAAAGCUUUAGCGAGUCUUACUUUUUCAUAAAAGUAAACGUACUUUCAUUAUGCAGAUGCCCGUAGUGCUGAUUCCCGUCCACUUUGGCGCACCGGACCGUGAGACAACAGUUCAUGGUACCAUGCUCCAUUCCAUCGUUCUCCGUCCAUUCAUCACCAGAGACUUUAUGACCGGCAUGAAUGCUUUACCCGGCCGCGAUGUCCCUGUUAUUGUAGGUUUUUAUAUUUUUGGAAUUUUUAUAAAGAAUGUGUUUUUGGUCUGAAAGUCAAUAGAAUUUUGUUUACACUAAAAAAUUCUACUAAUUAACUGUAAAUUAACUAUAAAACUAGUAAUUAUAAUAUUAUAUGAAUAAAGUCUUUCGAUUUUGAGCGCGACUAAAACUCACAGAACUACCACACCCAACGUACCACUAUUUUCAGGUAUUCGAAACCAUCGUCCGCCGCAUUAUGGCCGAAGUGCCUUUGAUCUCGCGCGUCCUCCUCGAUCUGACUUCCAAACCCCCCGGCACAACAGAAUGGGAGUAA